AUGCCGAAGACCAAAGUUACACCAAGAAAACCUGGAUUUUUGUGCUGUAUUUGCCUUAGUCGUUUACCAACCAAGGACGAGUGGGGUAAACAUAUCCUGAAUUGUGGUAUGGAAGAUAUCAACAAGAGAAAAUUUGAAUGUGAUCAUUGCGAUAAAGCUUUUAGCAAAAAGAUUGUGUUAGUGCGACAUGUAAAAAGAGUACACCCAAAUCAAGAAACCACUGACCAGAAUGAAACACCAAAACGAGUUGAAGAUGAGGAAGACUGGCGGAAGGAUCCUGGUCAACUUCUGUUUGAGGAUGUGGACUUAGAAGCUGGCAGAACGUACCGAAAGAAGACAUCUCCAGUUUUACCAGGGAUUAAGCGAAGAAAUGCUAGCGUCCAAGAAACCGUGACAAAAGAUUUGCCUACAACAACUGAAGAGGUAGUGGAACCUAGCGACAGUGGUUCCGAUGUCCAAAAUGAGCCUUUUGAUGAACAACACUGUGUUUGCUGUCAGAGGAAAGUACAGAAAGUUGAUGUUGAAACGCAAACUGAUGCAAUCAAGGCAGAAAAGAGUCACCAGAAAAUUAUCAGAGUCACGAGAAAAUUUCAAAAGGAUGGUGAAGUAGUCGAGCGAUUGGAAGAGGACAUCUGGAAUGAUUAA